AUGGAAGCCGCAGGGCUUGCACUCGGCGUCCUCGGAGCGGUUGGCGUGUUGGGCCAGAUGUUCGAUGGUUGCAUCAAAGGCUACCGAGUCUUCAGCACGGCCUCUAAUCUCGGCCGCGACAGCGAGCGGCUAGUCUGCAAGAUUCGGAUCGAGGAGACGCGUCUCUGGGUCUGGGGCCGACAAUGCGGUGUUGUCGAGGGGAAAUUUGAAGCCCAUCUCGCGGCCGGAACUUGGGGCCACGAAGGGCUGAAAGAUCUGGCUACGGAGGUCCUGGCACAGCUGUUGCAGACCAUCACUGACUGCAACAAGCUGCAGGAGAAGUACGGGCUCAAGGAGGAAACGCCUGGGAGUGUGGAUAAGGAGGCGUAUAUGGCGUACAAAAAGUCUGCCGAUAUGAAGAGCUUCAAGACUGCCAAGAUCAAGGAUGAGUGGAGGCUUCGUGCGAGAUGGGUCAUUGCCGAUAAAGAACAGUUUGAAAACUUCUUGAAAGAUCUUCAGUACUUCAACGACAGUUUGGAGAAGCUAUUCCCGCCAGGUCAGGUGACCACGCUUCAGAGAGCGUGGACAAGCGAGCUGUUGCAGUCUGCGGAGCGGAACACUGGAAGCCUGGAGCUUCUGGAGAACGCGUCGAGCGGGCGGUAUCCUGGGCUUACCACCUUUGCCCAGCUCAAGCGGCUAAGAAUCAAUCUCGAUGCAAAGGAGCCUUCGAAGAAGAUCCUCUCGACUUCUGAGCUCAAGCAGCAGCAGUGGCGCAUCAAGGUGCCUCCCGGCGAAGACUCUGUAGGCACGCGGGUACGGGCUGUAUACCAACGGCCUCAGGACACACCGCCCUACUCGGAAGACGUACCUGUGCUCGUCGAGUGGAUCCCCUACGACGCCAUAUCGGACCUCGAUGCACGCCUCCACCUCUACCAGCGCGUGGACAACCUCUCACGAAUGCUGCACUCCUGCUCAUCACGCCAUCCGGAUCUCCACACGCUCGACAGCGCGGGCUACUUAGACGACACGCCCCACAGCCGCUACGGCAUCAUCUACCUCGGUCCUAGUCAAUCAAGCGCAGCCCCGUCCACCAUGCCACCAUUCCACACCCUCUCAGCCGCAAUCGAAAACCAAGGGAAACGGACCCCGGACCUCGAAGCGCGCUUCUCCCUCGCCCGCACCCUCGCCAUCGCCCUCUGGUCCUUCCACUCCCUCGACUGGCUCCACAAGUCCUUCUGCAGCCACAACAUCCUCUUCUUCUCAUCGCCCUCAGAUCCCUGCCCCCGCUCCGAGCACCACGACCUCAGCGCGCCCUACGUCGUCGGCUUCGACAGCUCGCGCCCCGACGGCCUGGCAGAAAUGACGGCGGACCCGCGCUUCGCGCACGGCGAGGACCUGUACCGGCACCCGGACAGCCUGGGCGUGUGGCGGCAGAGCUACCGCAAGGCGUUCGACGUCUACAGCCUCGGCCUGGUGCUGCUCGAGAUCGGGCUGUGGAACCCGAAGCAGAGCAUCCGCAGCAUGCACAAGCCGCGAUACUCGCCCGCGGCGUUUAGGGAGAAGAUUGUGCAGGGCGCGGUGCCGGCGCUGGGGUCCAAGACUGGGUCGGCGUACAGGAGGGUUGUGGAAAGGUGUUUGGGGUUUGGGGAGGAAGGCCUGAAGGAAGGGGAGGGGAUGAAUCCUAAUCAGAUGAUGGAGUGGGUCGUGAGGACGUUGGAGAGUCUGAGGGUGUGA